AACCUAAGAGGAAGAGGUGCCAAUGAGCUUCUUGUUUUUCUUUUCCACCUCUUUUUUUGACAACAUUGUGCCCUAUCAAACAUUUCGACGGGGUAGUGCGAAGAGGGAUACCGAGUUGCCAGAAAGUGUCAUUCUGUUGCAUCCUACUGCUUGUAGCGCACGCGUUUGUUUUGAUUGGAGUGGGUGGUUUUGAUUUUCAGUUUUUUUGUAUUUUUAACAUGAAGUGUAUGGUUGUUGGGUGUGGGAGGACACGGCGGACUGAUCCCUUGCUCAGCUUUCACCGAUUCCCGAAGGAUCUGUGUAUCCGACGUGCAUGGAUCAGCUUUUGUGUGAACAGCACGGAUGAAGAACUUCACUUCAAUGUGAAAGGCAGUACCCGCGUUUGUGAGAUCCAUUUUGUCGACGGCAAUGCCAAAAACUAUACAACCGUACGAGGACCCAUUCCGGAUGAGCUUGGAGCAGAAAAUAAUGAGAACGUUGGAACACUAGUUUCCCGGUUGCGAGAGAAAGUGGUGAAAUUGGAACGGUAAUUUUUUGUAAUUAUUACUGUUUCCUGCUUAAAAUUACUGAGUAUUUUGACAAAGGGGGACAUAGGGGACAUUUGCCGAACCAUACGGGUUUUGGCAAUAUGGGUAUCAAAUUCAUCAUUUUCGAUACCGGACAUGAAAAUGGCCAUUCCGAUAAUGGUGGCCACAACCUGGGGGACAUUUAUCGAACCAUACACACAA